GCCCAGCCGCCUCAGCCCUGAAACCAUGCCCAAAGGUCUCCUGUGGCUGGGCCUCACCCUGCUGGGGGCCCUGCAGACCCAGGCCCAGGACUCCACCCCAAACCUGAUCCCAGCCCCGCCUCUGUCCAAGGUCCCACUGCAGCCGAACUUCCAAGACGACCAGUUCCAGGGGAAGUGGUACGUCGUGGGCCUAGCGGGGAAUGCAUUUUCCAAAAACGACCAAGACCAGUUCAAGAUGUACACCACCAACUACGAGCUGAAAGAAGACCGCAGCUACACUGUCACCUCCACCCUGCUCAAGGACCAGGGCUGUGACUACUUUGUCAGAACUUUCGUUCCAACUUCCCAGCCCGGCCAGUACGGCCUGGGCAACAUUAAGUCUUACUCUGGACUGCAGAGCUACACCGUGCGAGUGACGGCCACCAACUACAACCAGUAUGCCAUCGUGUUCUUCAAGAAGGUUGUCCAAAACCGGGAGUACUUCAAGACCACCCUCUAUGGGAGGACCAAGGAACUGUCCCCUGAACUGAAGGAGAACUUCACCCGCUUCGCCAAAUCCCUGGGCCUCACUGAUGACCACAUCCUCUUCCCUGUCCCGAUCGACAAGUGCAUCGAUGACCAGUGAGCGCCUGGUGCCUCCUGUCUUUCUCCUUCCCAUCGCCCUCACAUCAGCCUCUGCCCCAAAUGCCACCUAGCUGCCCCCACCAGCCGGACAUUGGUGAGAGAGCCAGGAGACCCUUCUCACCGUCCAGCCCACCGGCUGCUCCUGAGACCACCCUGCUGACGGACUCACUCCUUGACUGCUAAAUAAACACGUUCCCCCAGA